UCUUUUAGCCUGAACACCUUCAUACUGUAACCAUUGAAUAAUAUACCAGCACUUUCCAUGGACGUGCUAAUCUAUUGACGUGAACUUGUACGACGAUUUUCUAUCUAUUUAUCCGUGGAUAGAACCAAAGGAGACUAAUUAUGAAGAUUUUACUGGCUGAAAAAGGAAUGAAUUUCUGAGAUGCUGUAUAUCUAGCGGAGUAGUGAGCCAGGUGGUGGUGGCUGGCAAGGAACAACAUAAACAUUCAGUUCAAGUUGUUUAUGGUGUAUCACGUACCACCCACUCUUAUUAUUAUUUUUGAAUUAUAUUUAAAAGAUUAGUGUGUAUUAAUAAUUAUCAGUGAGGGUGAUGUGGUCCAUGUUAAGGACGGUAGAAGAUAACUAGCAGUGUGGAGGUGAAGCCAAAAUUGUCCCUAUUCCAAGGAACUUGAAAACUCGUACUGUAAAUGAUGGCGACAACACACAUAGUAAAUUACCUGUUACUUGUGUUAUUUACCUCAGGAGUGUUGGGUCAGAAAUGUUAUGUGUGCAAAAACCAAGAGGAGAACACAGGAAAGUGCGCCAAAACAGUGGAGUCGUGCAACUUUGGUGAAGAUUACUGCCUCUCAGAAAUUAAAUGGGGAAGCACACCAUACUGGCAAAUUGGUGCCCCGAUGCAACACUACAUAAGCAAGAGGUGUGCCACAAGAGAGGAAUGUGUUGAAAGCAUAACCAAGUACAUGCCCAACUGUCUACGAAUUUGGUGGAAGGAUUGGACCUGUGCAGAGUGUUGUAAGGGGGACCGCUGCAACUAUUUUAUCACAUUGGGCUCAUCUUCAGUGAACUGCAACAUGAUUUUGAUAUUAGUGGCUGGUGCGCUGACAGCUAUUAUUCCCCAGUUUACAUAAGGCACAUCUCCUGUUGCCUUAUUAAUCCAGGGAAUUCACCACACCUGUACACUAAUAUAGUGUAUUAUGAUGAUACAAAUUAUAUUUUUUAUACUAAUAAUGGAGAAAAUUUAGUUCAGGAAAACUUGAUGAACAACCAUUUCCGUCCAGAGUUGUGAUGUUGACAAUAGAAUUAAAUUGCUAAUGGUCACUUGUUAUAUACAUGUUUCUCACAGUCUUUGCUCUAUAAACAUACAAUAUUUCAAACAUAUGUUUUUACUACACUCUUGAUGAGGCCAAGUAGAUUUGUUUGUUUCCUGGUUAUGAUCAACCCCAUUUUUUUCCAAGUCGAUUAAAAAAAAAAAAAAAAUAAUCUAAAUAUUCUAA